GCAACGUGGUGUUCAAAGGUCCACUCACACCCACGGCAGUGUCAGCGCUGCUGUGUUCAGUGUUUGCUGUGCUUGGGCAGAACGGGAAGGGGCAACAUGUCAGCAGCACCAGCUGAGCUCACUACUGGGGCUCAGGAGUGUCCCCUGGAAGCAGGGACAGCCAUGACGGAUGAGGCCAUGACGGACGAGGCCAUGACAGACAGCGCCAUGAUGGACGGCAGCGGCUCGGGGUCUCACCCACCCCUGCAGUCUGAGAGCGCAGCCGGGCCAGGACUCAACUGGAAACAGCAGCAGGCCAAGAGAAAGGCAAAGGAAAGGUGUUCAAAGAAAGUUCAUGUGGCCUUUCUGCCAGAACGGUACGAGCCCCUGAUAGAGGAAGACGAUAUCAAGGAAAGUGCAAAAGAGGACAGGAAACAGAAAAGGAAAGAAAAGUAUAAAAAGUACAGAAAGAACGUGGGAAAGGCCUUGCGGUUCAGCUGGAAGUGCCUGGUAGCAGGACUGCAAAUCUUCACUGCAGCCUACUCAGCACCUGUCUCCGCAGCUACUGUCCUGAUGACCAACUCAUACAGAACCAGGACCUGAUCCAUUGUCCUGAUGACCAACUCCCACAGAACCAGGACCUGAUCCACUGCGCUAACGACAAAGUCCCACAGAACCAGGACCUGAUCCACUAUCCUCAUGACCAACUCAUACAGAACCAGGACCUGAUCCACUAUCCUCAUGACCAACUCAUACUGAACCAGGACCUGAUCCACUAUCCUCAUGACCAACUCAUACAGAACCAGGACCUGAUCCACUGUCCUCAUGACCAAUUCCCACAGAACCAGGACCUGAUCCACUGUCCAAAUGACCAACUCAUACAGCAGCAGGACCUGAUCCACUGUCCAAAUGACAAACUCAUACAGAACCAGGACCUGAUCCACUGUCCUCAUGACCAACUCCCACAGAACCAGGACCUGAUCCACUGUCCAAAUGACCAACUCAUACAGAACCAGGACCUGAUCCACUGUCCAAAUGACAAACUCAUACAGAACCAGGACCUGAUCCACUGUCCUCAUGACCAACUCCCACAGAACCAGGACCUGAUCCACUGUCCAAAUGACCAACUCAUACAGAACCAGGACCUGAUCCACUGUCCAAAUGACCAACUCCCACAGAACCAAGACCUGAUCCACGGUCCUCCUGACCAACUCCCACAGAACCAGGACCUGAUCGACUGUCUUCAUGACAAACUCCCACAGAACCAGGACCUGAUCCACUUUCCUCAGGACCAACUCAUAAAGAACCAGGACCUAAUCCUGAUUUAGUCUGGUGGGAUCAUGUGACUGAUCUGGUGGGAUCAUGUGGCUGAUCUGAUGGGAUCAUGUGACUGAUUGUUACUUCAUCUCAUAUAUUCUACAACCCAUUACAUCAGUAUUUGAAGGGUAUAAAUGACAGUGGAAAUAAUGUAUAUAUUUUAUUCAUAUUUCAUUCAUGACAUUAAUUUGGAUAUGUUAAUUUAUUUUUUGGUUCACUGUAUCAUAUCUGACCACAUAUGAACAUAGUGCUUUAUCUGAAAAUACGUGCUUACAUCCAUAAUAUAUUUAUUCAGACAUUAAUGAAGUCCACUAUUCCCAGUGCCAGUUCCACUGAGUGUGUGACUUUGUUGUGUAAUAUGUCAUCUGUCUUUGAAAAAGAAUAAUCAUGAUUUGUUGUACUUUUAUGUACACCAUCUAUAUAGAUGUGUACGUGUGAAGUCAAAAUAUGAAGCGUAGUUGUGCAUAUUGAAAAUGUGUAGUGUAUAUGUGUGUAGUUAAAAUGUUUGCAAAAAUCAUUUUUAAACAUCUAUUUGAAGAUUUUCUAGUUCGCCAAAUACCCCAAUGAUUCCAGAAAAGCAGAAGACAGGGUAUUGUUUGAGUAUGUGUACCACUACAGAUGCAUGAUGGGAAUGGAAGGACAAAGCAUUGGCACAGAAAGGUGAUGCAUUAAUUACUCUGUGUAGAGGCCAACUGUAUACAGGCUGACUCAUCACUCUAAAUAAUUACUCUGUGUAGAGGCCAACUGUAUACGGGCUGACUCAUCACUCUAAAUAAUUACUCUGUGUAGAGGCCAACUGUAUACAGGCUGACUCGUCACUAUAAAUAAUGAAUUACUCUGUGUAGAGGCCAACUGUAUACAGGCUGACUCAUCACUCUAAAUAAUUACUCCGUGUAGAGGCCAACUGUAUACAGGGUGACUUGUCACUCUAAAUAAUGAAUUACUCUGUGUAAAGGCCAACUGUAUACAGGGUGACAUCACUCUAAAUAAUUACUCUGUGUAGAGGCCAACUGUAUACAGGGUGACUCAUCACUCUAAAUAAUUACUCUGUGUAGAGGCCAACUGUAUACAGGCUGACUCAUCACUAUAAAUAAUUACUCUGUGUAGAGGCCAACUGUAUGCAGGCUGACUCAUGACUCUAAAUAAUUACUCUGUGUAGAGGCCAACUGUAUACAGGCUGACUCAUCACUCCAAAUAAUUACUCUGUGUAGAGGCCAACUGUAUACAGGCUGACAGUUGUUGAAGAGGAGUAUAUGAAAUGAAGGACUGAGUGAAGUAGAGAGUUUAUAGAGGUGUGUAGUGCAGAUGUGUGUAGUGAAAAUGCGUAGGCCAGUAAAGAUGCACGACAGGUUUAACAGGAAUCAUUGGUUUUACUGAUAUUACUAUUACCCAAGAAAGUAACAGAAAACACCCCUUGUUGUUAUGCAGCAAGCUAACAAGGAACAGCUGUGUGUCAGGCAUGCACUGUUAGAAGUUUCUCACUGCCGGUGAGCUGGACACAGUGCAAAAAGCUGACAAUUUUUAAAGCAUGUCUCAUCCACUCAAAAAGGUCUUUUGCCAGAUGUUUUUUUUUUUUUAAGAUCAUCUUUGUUUCCCUCAAGAGGUGAAGAUGGAGGUUAUGAGGUCACUGUGGUCUGUCUGUCAGUGAACAUAUUUAUAGAAGAGCUGAGCAGAUUUUAUUAAGGCUUUGGGACAAAGUCACAUGGAAACAUGUAGUAGGUAUAUAGAAAAAAAAAUUAAAUGGAAACAUGUAGUAGGUAUAAAAUAAAAAUAUUAAAUGUUA